GACCACGGCUGAGUUCGCGGAACAUCGAACAGGACUUCCAGUAUCCAAGAUUGAUGUGAAAGAUCCUUCUUCCUGUUGCACCUCUCCAGACUGGUGGGAGCUCUGAAGAGAGAAAGAAGAGACGAUGGAGGACCUCCUAGGUUCUACAUCAUGUAUUACUACUAGUAAUAGCUCCGAGCAAGAAAACCGCUACGUAGCCGCAGUGCCAUACCAAUGGCCGUACCAUGGUGUCCUGGCACCGUCCAACACUUGCCUUGUCGUGAUUGACAUGCAGAUUGAUUUCUGUGGGAAAGGUGGCUACAUGGAUCAGCUGGGUUAUGAUUUGACACCCAUGAGAGCGAUCAUUCGCCCCAUUUCCAGAGUAUUGGACUGCAUGAGAACCAAGGGAUAUCUCAUUAUCCAUACACGAGAAACCUAUCGACCCGAUCUCGCGGAUUGCCCUCCCGCUCGCCUGUGGAGGACGCAGCAAGCAGGCGCGGGCAUUGGAUCCAAAGUUGGCAGUGACGGCAGCGGGCUUUUGAUACAAGGAGAGCCUGGAUGGGAUAUCAUUCCAGAGCUGAAGCCUUUGGAAAAUGAAAGUGUCAUUGAUAAGCCUGCACGGGGAGCUUUUGUGGGGACCAGCCUCGACUUGAUUCUGCGCAACAAGGGAAUCCAAAAUUUGAUUCUCUGCGGCGUCACCACCGAUGUAUGUGUGCAUUCCACGAUGCGACAUGCGGAUGAUUUGGGCUUCGAGUGUCUAUUGUUGGAGGAUUGCUGCGCUGCAUCCAAGCCUUCCAAUCACAAGGCUGCCAUUGAAAUGGUGAAAGAAGAGGGCGGAGUUUUUGGAGCGGUUGCGGAUUCCAGCCAGUUGGUCCUUGCCUUGGAAAGUUAAAAAGAAAGGGAGACACGCUGACGGCUUGUCGAGUGCGCUUGGUGCAUGUUGCAGACAAGAGCAAUGACGGGCAAAGAGGUGUGAGCAAGGGUCGCAAUCCUUGGAAGUUACAAGCCCGAGCCUGCCAUGAUCAUGCAUUGUUGCGCUGUCCACCGAGCGGUCUCGAAACCACACUCAAACCCUCGGUUACACCCACACGGCCCCUUGCCCCAUUCUACAUGUAUCCCUCAGGGAUUGCCUUUUGAUAGGAGCCGGCGGCUGCAAAAUACACACACGAAGAAAGAGUGGACGUACCGUAGGAGGACACGACAAGCUGAAAGGCCAGUUACAAAAGUUUUGCCACAGCUUCAGCCCAUACCACCAAUCUAGUAGUCACCAUCUGUACAACAUGCACUACUAGCUAGAGCAAUACUAGAGCAGUAUCGUCACUUGUUUA